AUUAAAUUGAGUCAUGACUCAUGCCCAUAUCUUAUCUACUAAAACCCUUCCCAUACUAAUUGACGGAAUAAAAAGAGAAGGUAAAUUGAUGUAUUGCAGCGCCAGCCGCUGAAGAAACUAUGUCUACUCUUUCUUCUCCGACCAUUCCUUCGACAACUCUCAAAUUUCAGAAUAAUGGAAAUUUGGGUUAUGCUCUCAUCAAUAUGCUCUCUCAUUUACAUAUAGUCUCCUUUUACAAGGUUCAUCGGUUUCGAUGCCAACCCAGUCAUUUCUGUAGAAGUUCAAAAACUUACCUUCGUCAUCAAACAUUAUAUACUCGCACCACUUCAAUUAAAGCAUCCGUGGCGGACAAUAACGAGACUAAUGAGGUCAAGAUGCAGAUCGGGAUCAUGAAGAAGAAAUUAAAAGAAGUAAUGCCAAGUCCGGUUCAAGAAUUUCCUUGGAGAAAAGCUCAACAUACACUUCUAGGCAGACUACCUUUUCUCGUGCAAGAGGCGUUAAAGUGGUCACUUGUUGCGUAUUUCAUCGUUAGCUCCUUAUCAGAUGUUGUAUACACAUUCUCUAUAAAUCGGGAACUAAUAAUUCCCGUUGGUCUCUUUGUUGGCUGCCUUAUGGCUGAUUUCUUGAAGGAGAUAUUUCUGGAAUUGUUUCAUCAAUUUGAGGAGAUUGAUUUGAAAUGGCGUCGGUUGGGCUUGUGUGGUCUUUUUGUGUUGGUCAAGUUUACGUCGACAUGGUUCUCAAUACAAUCAGGCGUGUUUCUAUUGCAUGUUGCAAAUGGUGGACUGAUGCAGCUACUGUGGUAUUGGAGAAAUUUUAUGGAAGAUGCAAAAAACUUACGAGAAAUGAGGAACCCUUCUAGUUUGGAGGCAUAAAUCGAAAAUUUAUUGGAGAAAUUUUAUGGAAGAUGCAAAAAACAAACGAGAAAUGAAGAAUGCUUAUAGUUUGGAGGCAUAAACGGAAAGAUGGAAAGUUAAGUUCUAAAUUUUGUUGAGCCGUGCUGACAUAAACUUCACUUUUCUUCAAAAAUGUAGCCGGUGUGAUUCGUAUAAAAGCAAGUAACCUUCUUCAAUCAUCUUGUUCAUAUGAACUAGUUGUGAAUUUAUUCCUACCUUGCUUAUUCAAGUGAAUGAAACACAGUCAAUAGAGCAAAUUUUGCGAAUCAUUCAUGCCAUCAUAAAUGAGAACCCACUUAUGUUGUUUGUUAGUAUGUAUUGCCAUUUAAACAUCUAGAAAAUGACGUUUUGGUUUGUGCCUUUAA